AUGGAAGAGCCUCGCCCUGGAGGAACCGCCUUGUUGAUCACGGUAGCCUCUGCGCCAGAUAAAGAAUAUUUAAGUGAUUUUUGUGCAAAUCCUGAUAAAACAUUUUUUAAAUUACGUCUCGAUUCUUUUAUGGUAGUUAAAUGUUAUGAUAAUGAUAGAUUAAAUGGUUGGUAUACAUUAAAUGGAGAUGACAUGAAGGUAUCAUUAUGGGCAAUAUGGGAUCCACAAAUUGAAUUUUUAACAAUGAUUCUAGAUCAUCAACAUAGAAGAAUUGAUUUAAAUGGAAGAGUAUUGAAAAUAGCAACAGCAGAGCCAUCGGCUUUAACUUCAUGGACAGAGGAUAAUAAAUUAGAAGGAUAUUUCGGUCAUUUAUUGGAUGAAUUACAAAAAUGUAUGAAUUUCACAUGGGAACUUGAGUCAAGAGAACGUGAAUAUGGAAGUUGGAAUGUUACCGGCAAUUAUUGGACAGGAGCCGUGAAUGUACUUUACGAAAAUAAAAUUGAUUUAUUAGUAACAGAUUUGGCAUUAUCUUCUUUAAGAAUGUCAGCUAUUGAUUAUACAAUACCAUUAUUGAAUGUAGAAUCAAUAUUAUAUGUACAAAAACCAAAAUCUGGAACUGUUAUCAAGUGGUUAGGAUAUUUUAUGUUUUUCGAUUAUCGUAUUUGGAUUGGAGUUAUUUUAAUAAUAUUAAUUUCGCCACUCAUUUUAACUGUGAUGAAAAUAAAAGUUCGCGAUUCCUACGUUUUAUCUCAACUUCUUAUGGAAAAUUAUCUUAAUAUUUGGGGAAUAUAUUGUCAACAAGGAUUAUUAGAAUUUCCAGCAUCACAAGCUUUAAGAAUAGUUUACUUCGCGAUUUUUAUUUCUGCCUUAAUAAUUUUGGAUCAUUAUUCAGCAAUUUUAAUAAGUCGCUUAACGUAUCCAAUACCAAUUGUUUAUCUACCGGAUAUGGAAUCUUUUGUUGAAUCUGGAAAUUACAAGUUGAUAACUCUAAAAAAUGGUGCAGAUUAUAAUAUUUUUGAGUUUGGGAAAACUGAUAUUUUAAAAGCAAUGUUCAACAUUAUGCUGAAAACUGAAGAUUUACCCGAUUCUGUUCAACAAGGAUUUGAUAUGGUUUGUGAGCAAGAUGUUGGUUUUUUUGUCGUAGAAACGGCACGAAAAAUUCACGAUAUUCAAAUUAAAUGCGAAUUACAUGAAAUAAAAACGAAUUUACUUGAAAUAUCAGCAAUGGCUUUACCAAAACAUAGUCAAUUCAAAAGUGAAAUUAAUCGAAAUUCCGAAAUCGAAUGGUAUUCAUUAAUUGAAAAUACAACAAGUGUUUAUGAUUUAGCAAUAUGGGACAUCAAAAAUGGUUUCAAAUUGAAUAAUAAUCUCACAAAAUACGAAAGAAGAGGUGGACUUAAAGGAAAGAAAUUGAGGAUAGCUACUUCUGAUGAUGAUGAUCUACUUAAAAGAGAAGGCGACACGCUAAAAGGAUUUAUGGGACAUAUUUUUGUAUUAAUACAAGAAUCUAUUAAUUUUACAAUGGAUUUUGUGUCAGAAGAAGAUUCAAUUGGAGUGUGGAAUGAAACAACUGGAAUAUGGUCGGGUGUAAUAGAUCAUUUGAUUAAUGAUAAAAUUGAUUUGGCAGCUUCCGAUGUAUCAUUGACUUCGGAAAGAUUACAUUAUGUUGAUUCUACAAUACCAUUGAUGGUUGUUGAGAAUUUUUUAUAUCUCAGAAAACCCGAUGAUUCAAUUCGUUGGACUGGUUACAUUAAGGUAUAA